AUGCGUGGCGCGCCCCAGCUGUCAAGCCCUUCUCCGCUCAGACAGCACUGCGUCGGCUCUGCAGCUGCGGGUUGCGAGGCUCUACCGCUGACCUGCUUGACUGGCGACACGCUUUGCGUCGGCGUCCUUGUCCGCUCUGCACAAGAUUCUCGGAAGCGACAUCGCAAGCCCCUUGGAGGUUGCUUCGACGAUACCCUUUGCCUUUCCACCUCCCUCCCAUCCCAUUCGACAAACUCGACAUCGCGCUGCGACGCUCCGGCCGACGCAACGCACCGCUACAAACGCAUUCCCGAGUCCACCUGGGCUCACUUUGGUCGUUUCCUACACCGACUCGGUCGACUCGUCAAUGUGCGCGGCUUUGGCCAGCAUUCGCUCUUUCCACCUCUCGUGAGCUUUGGCAUUAGCCGAGCAUCACAUCGCUCCUUCUUUGCAACGCAACAGACCCUUCCAUCGGCUACGGCCGGUCAACGUCUGCUCUCCUCAUCGCGCACGAGUGGCAGCGCAGCUGCAAUUCAGCCUUCGCCUCGUCCGGUCCUCGGCAAGUCCGAACCAAGAAUCGGCUCGAUUCCGCACAGGAUCGUAGCGCCCAAGCAGGCCCUCACGCCCAUCCUUGAUACCCUGGGUGCGCCACCGACGCUCACAACUCGCUGCUCCAGGACGCCGUUCGGGUGCUUCCGUGGUCCGCCUUUGCUCAACAUGAACGGCAUGGAACACGGUCAAACCUUUGACCCCGCCUUUGAUGCCUUCUUUCAGGCUCCGUCCUCAUCCUCUCCACAUCACCAACUCCAGCAUUCCGCUGCCGGCUCGCCUGCGUCUAUCCAGCAGAUCGGCAACAUGAGCGCAGCCGACUCUUCGCUCAGUCUGUACGCUCAAGACACCUCGGCGAUGCGCCCGAGCUCGUCCUCGGGCGGCAAUCUCCAUCUCAACAUCUCCAAUCUCUCGGUCACGGGCAGUGAAGCCGACACCUCACACGCACAGGCACACCAACAGCAGGGCGUCGCCAACUCGCUCAGUUUCCAGCCCAACAACACGGCCUCGCCUCAGUCCACCCUCGCGUCACCGGCGGAUGCUACUGCGUCAUUCAACAUGCCCAGCACCGCAUCAACCUCGCCCCUCUUGCAUCCUGAUGCGCCAGUGGGCACAGCCUCAGAAGCCCACCUAGGCGUACCUACCGCGUCGUCUCCUCUCAAGACUGAGUACAACCUCGGCAACGACUCGACUGGUCUGACGUCGACGAUGCGCUCCUACAGCUCCACAUCGAUCAAAAGCGCCGCGGGAUCGCAGAACGCCGACAGCCCAAGCUCCGGCUUCGGUGGCGGCGGCGCGGCAAACCAGAGCAUGGGUGACGUCUCGAUCGACGAUGCCAACGUCGCUAGCCAGUCGGAAGCCGAGCUGGCGGCAGAGAAACGCCAGAGCAGCAAAUUUGUCUACAAGCUCUUCCGCAUGGUCAGCGACCCCGACUACCAGCACCUCAUCAGCUGGAACCGCAACGGCACCAGCGUCAUGGUGUGCAACUUUGACGAGUUCGCCAAGGAGGUGCUGGGCAAGCACUUUAAGCACAGCAACUUUUCCAGCUUUAUCCGCCAGCUCAACAUGUACGGCUUCUACAAGGUCAACAAGACGCCCCGUGGCCAUCGACAGUCGGUCGACGCGCAGAUCUGGGAGUUCUCGCAUCCCAAGUUCCUGCGCGGCCGUUCGGAUCUGCUCGAUGACAUCCGCAGGAAGGCUCUGGACUCUGAACACGCGCGGGUCGAAGCUCGCGAUCUGCAGUACAGCGUCAGUGUGGGGCAGAUGCAGCUGCGUCAGCAGGUGGACGAGAUGCAAUUCCGGCUCGAGGAGCUCACAGAGCAGAACAUGGCGCUGCGAACCUUUACAACCCAGCUCCGAGACGUGCUUGGCCUGGUGCUCGAGCACGUCAAGAAGACGAGCGGCGGCAACAUUGGUUUCGACGUGCGCAUCCCCACGCUGGACUUGCCCUCGCCCAUGCCGCCGCAAGGCCUGUGGACGCCGCAGGGUCACGAUGGCCCGCCCAUUUUUGUGACGGAGCCCGAGUUCGGCGCCGGCGUCGGACCGGGCGGGCUGAGGAUGGGCCCGACACCUGGCAUGGUGCCUGGGCCGGGCCACGCUCCGCCACCGAUGCAUGCGCCCCAACACCACUUUGGCGGCGCGCCGGAUGGGUUCGCCAUGACGGGCACGCCCAUCCCGCGUCGCGUGUCGGCGAGCUCGGCGCACAGCGAGAGCAUGCUCGCCAUGAAUGGCUCGCCCAUGCACGGAUCGAUGCAGGGCGAGAUGGGCAUGUUGCCUGCUGGUCUGCCGCAGCGCUCGGCUUCUUUCGGCGAGGGACAGAUGCCUGCACCCCAUUUCAAUAUCGGCCGCGGCGGCGCCGGCCGACCGGGCCUGGCGGGGCUCGCCAUCGACACGUCGGCUGCGUCUGGCAUGUUUGGCGGCAUGCAUCCGAGCGUGAGCCCGACAUCGGCAGGACUAUCGGCAAGCAAUGCGGGGCUGGGGGUGAUGAGCAUGCCGCCGUCGCCGCUGACGCCACAGCAUCAAGCGAUGAUGGCAGCGAUCAACACUCCGCUGCCUCCGUCGCCGGCGCCGGGGUCAUUGGCGGGUGGCCAGUUCAAGCCGUUUGAUGGCUCGCCGUUCGUGAACAACAAUGGAUUCCCCUCGUACGGCCAUGGUCUUUCUCUUGCCGAUCAGAGCUUCUUUGGGCCAGACGCCGAUGGUCCCAAUGCCAAGGCGAUGCGCACGCCCAUGAAGCGCACGGCGUCCAACUCUGGGCCUAGCGCGCAGGGCACGCCAGUGCUCAUGCAGUCGACGUCGCCCGGGCUCGCCAAGCGCAAGUCGCCAAUUUGA